UUCCCGAACAUAAAGAGGUCCUCUUUCCUCUUCCCUCUUCACUCUACAAGGUCAAUCUAUUGAUGGACCCAAUCAUUGCUUCAUUGCUGACCAGUUUCCGGCUGGUCCCUCCGGAAGCUAUUCCGGCGAUGCUGGAUUGUAUAUUGGCUUCCACAGCUUCAUCUCCAUUCUCAAUUUUUUCUGCUCUUCUUGAAGAGUUUCCCAGCAUUGCCAAGGAAAAAUUACAGGCAGGGCAGAACUUGGAACUCGAACAGUGUAAUUUUAUUGAAUCAUAUGUUGGUGCAUUAUGUCAUAUUUUGAAGAAACCUGGGUCUGAUGUUAAUUCCAUGCAGUUGUUUAUUUUGGAAAUUUUUAUCCCAUUGAUGAAGUUGGUACAUUCAUAUGACCGUGUGCUAUUAAAUAAGGUUGCAGGUUUGCUUUUUGGAGUUGUUAUUGAAACAAACAGCUGGGAAAUUGUUGGAUCGACCAUUGUGCCCUUUUUGUUACGAUCAAUUGGACUAUCAAUGGGUAUGGUUCAAAAUAAAGAGUUGGCGGUUUAUAAAUGGAAUGUUCAUAUUGACAAUUUAGGUGGCCAGGACCCUGGUCUGCAAUCUACACAAGAUGCUUCCUUCAAGCUAAGAAAUGCUGAGAUGAAUAACAACACCUUCCUAUCUGAAUCCAACUUUUUUCAAUUGCCUACAUCCUGUUACAUGUUGACCCUGAUGUUGGAACUGGUACUUGGAACCUUACAAUCAGUAGGACCAACUUCUAAAUUGAAUGUGGCAGACAGGGACUGUGCGAAAAUGUUUGCUGCAAAUUUGGUUUGGGAUCUUUUCAAUCUGACAAUUGAAAUGCUUUUGCAAAGUUUGGAACAUCGGUCUUCUGCAAUUAGCUUUCUGCUCCCUUCCAUAUUCCAAGCAUUUGAUUGUCAUUCUGCUUUUGAAGUCUCAAUUAAUGGGCAAAAAUAUGUGCUUUCUCGGAACCAUAUUCUUGCGGACCUAUGGAAGAGUUGCAAGGCUCUGUUCUCUUUGGGCCCUCUGGAGAGACGGGAUGCAUAUGCAACACUUUCUAUGUAUUUGUCUUUCUUCUCUAUUGCUCGUGGGAGUCUUGGGCCAGUAGAUGCAUCUCUCAAUGGCAAGGAAACAGUGUUUGAUUUGAGAGCUCAGAAGGAAUUCUGGGAUGAAAUUAAAAAGGGCUUGGUCAAUAAGGAGAGCUUAGUGAGGAAGCAAUCACUACAUACACUGAAACGAACAAUAAGUUUAAGUGUGGAAAACCAAUUUCAAUCUAGUGUUAAUGUUCUGGAUGAAAUAAAUUCAGUCCCUCGUGGAUUGACAAAGAGAGAGCGGUGGGCGGAGAAUGAAGCCAAGUCCCUGGGGGUUGGUAGAAUCUGCAAUUCUAUUGUUGAUUCUUCGAGCAGUACACAGAAAUGGGAGGCAUUCUUUCUUUUGUAUGAAAUGCUUGAAGAGUAUGGUACUCACUUGGUUGAAGCAGCAUGGAAUCACCAGAUGACCUUGCUGCUCCAUUAUUCUCCAUCUCCAGAAAGUGUAUUGAAUUGUGAACCCCAUCAUAUGUGUAUGGACACUUUAGAGGAAACCUUUGACUGGUUGGUUGUACUGUGGGAGCGUGGCUUUUGCCAUGAUAACCCUCAAGUAAGGUGCCUGAUUAUGCAGUCAUUUCUGGGUAUUGAGUGGAGAAAAUAUAAAUGCUGUGCAGAAUUGAUCUCUCAGAAUUUCAUUUUUGGGCCCCUUAUGGAAGGAUUGAACGACCCUGUGCACCACAAAGAUUUUGGUGUAAAAGGAGUCUAUUCUACAUGGACAAUUGAAGCUGCUGCCAAGUUUCUAUGUGUAUAUACUAGCUAUUUGGAUCAAAGGGUUGCUUUCCUUAUAAGUUUGGCAUCUGUUGCUAAAACUCAAUCUUUUGGACGAGCUGGACUAAUGUGCCUUGUGAAGUGUAUUUCUUCUGCUGCUUGUGGAGAUCAGAAACAUAGCAUUUCUGAAAAUGAUCAAGAGAAUGGUGUAUCAGCAGCAGGUGUUACAGAAGCCAGAUUUGCCCAAGAAAGCUCUAUAGACAAAGCAGAUUUACUGGAUGUUUUCAGAUUUGUCAUUGAAAGCAGUAGACAACAUUUCAAUCCCACUUACCGGCAUCAAGGUUUCACAUUAGUUUUUUCACUUUGUUUAUGUUAUGCAAUAUUUGUUAUGGUAAUCCUUCCAUUGCUUGCAGUUUGUGAGGAAAUUCUUGAUGCUGCUGUGUCUGUGAUGGCUCCACAUGAUGUGCCUCUUGAAACCCUACUGCUUUUUGUUGCAAGCUUGCCACGAGAACUUACUGAUAGUGGAGGUUCAUUGAGAUUAAAAGUGCAGAAGUGGCUACAGAGUUGCCAAGUGCAUUUUUCUUCUAACUCCAGCCACACAAAUCUUCAACUUUUGCGGACUCUAAUUUGUUUCCCACCAAAGUUCAUAAGCUGUCAUAGUAUGCUGCAUAGCUUCAUUACAUAUGAUGAUGAAGACUUGGAUGCUUGGGAAUCUGAAGCAAAAAGAUGGGCGAGGGUUCUUUUUCUUGUAAUUAAGGGGGAACAAGACUUGGAUCCCAUAUUCAUGUUUAUUCAAGAGCAUGGUGCUGAUAUCUGCAAAGAGAAAAUCCUUUUGGAGUGGAUUCCUGCGAAAUAUCUCAUCCUUAUUUUGAGCUUGGUAUAUGAACUACAACUAAUUGAAGAUAGAGUAGUGGAGUGUUUUACAAGUGGAAGAUUGAAAAUGGGCCUUGACUCUCCGGGUAAAGCAGUUGACACUCUUCUGGCAAAGGAUUCUCGUAUUUUUGAGAAGUUUACCAAAUCAUUUUGUUCAUUACUGGAUUCACUGGUCUCAUUUGCCAGAUUGUCAUGUUACAUCUUUGACUCCAGAAGCAUAAUAGAAGACAGUGUUCUUCCUGGUUCCAUCAAAGGAAGGCUGGGAGGUCCAAGUCAGCGUCGGAUGCCAUCUUCUACUGCCAGUUCUGUAUUGCAAGCUAUAACAGCCAUAAAAUCUGUAGCAUCCAUCUCAAAGUGGUGUAUUCAAUUCAGAAAGGAUGCUUCAAUUGACUUUGCCAUAACCUUCCUCUGGAAUGCCUGCUGGAAGGUUAUUACAUCCUCGUCCUAUAAUUCAGAGAUUGAAGCAGAAAUCUCUCUAGCAGCAUAUGAAGCAGUGGGCAAUGCUUUGAAAGAAAUGGCACCUAUGUUCUCUCUUUUAUCUCUAGAUCUUGUCAAACAAAAUGAUGGUUUAUCUCCAUCAGAAGCAGAUGAUAGGCUGAUAUUGGAUUCCUUUUUUAGUACUUUCCUUCAGAACAUCAAUAGUUUAAUUGGUGCUGGAACUUUAGUCCGAACACGGCGAGCAGUUUUGUUGCAUUGGAAGUGGAUAUGCCUUGAAGCUUUGCUGUCAAUUCCUAAAUUUGCUUUCCAGAAUGGAGUUCGUCUGGGAAAUGAUAACUUUUACUUCUCCAAUGACAUAUUGAGAUGGGCUUUCAAUGAUCUUGUUGACAACCUUGAGAAUGCUGGUGAGGCCUCUGUUUUGCCCAUACUAAGAUCAGUCAGAUUGCUAUUGGAGCUUUUUGUCUCAGGACAGAGGGGAUUAAUGGUUUCUUCUUGUGCUGGCAUAAGUACUAAGAUGAUGUGGAGGUUGGUGCACUCUUCUUGGAUCUUACAUGUGAGCUGCAACAAAAGGAGAGUUGCUCCGAUUGCUGCACUUUUGUCUUCUGUAUUGCAGUAUUCUAUGUUUAGUGAUGAGAGCAUGCAUGAGUUGGAUGGUGCACCUGGGCCUUUGAAAUGGUUUGUGGAGAAAAUUCUUGAAGAAGGCACUAAGAGUCCACGCACUAUUCGCUUAGCUGCACUACAUUUAACUGGGCUUUGGCUUGCAAAUCCCAGUAUUAUAAAGUACUACAUAAAAGAGUUAAAGUUGUUAACGCUUUAUGGUUCUGUUGCAUUCGAUGAGGAUUUUGAAGCUGAAUUGUCUGAAAAUCAAGAGGCAAAAGGUGAAGUAGCUGUGCUGGCUAAAAGCCCUUACCCUGAACUGACUGAAGAAUUUAUCAACACAGAGUUGUAUGCACGUGUAUCCGUUGCUGUUUUGUUCCAUAGACUUGCAGAUAUUGCCUGUAUGGCAGGAUUGACCAGAGAAAGCAAUGAUGGAAUUGCUGCCCUUGCAUCUGGCAAAAUGUUCUUGCUGGAACUUAUUAAUUCUGUGCUUACUGACAAGGAUCUAUCUAAGGAGUUGUAUAAGAAGUACAGUGCUAUCCAUAGGCGCAAAGUCCGUGCAUGGCAGAUGAUAUGCAUUUUGUCACGAUUUGUUGAUCAGGAUAUUGUCCAGAGAGUUACCCAUAGCCUUCAUACAUGUCUCUGUAAAAACAAUUUGCCUUCAGUUCGGCAGUAUCUGGAAACUUUUGCAAUUCAUAUAUACUUGAACUUCCCAUCACUGGUAGGGGAAGAAUUAGUUCCGAUCUUCCGAGAUUCUGAAAUGCGGCCCCAGGCUUUAUCUUCCUAUGUGUUUAUAGCUGCUAAUAUAAUCCUGCAUUCAACUGGAGCUGCACAACCUGAGCGCCUGAGUGAAUUACUUCCUCCUAUAAUUCCAUUGUUGACCUCGCAUCAUCAUACAUUACGUGGUUUUACCCAGUUAUUAGUCUAUAAAGUUCUUCAAAAGUUGAUGCCAACACAUUCUAGUUGCUCUACAACUCUGCCUUUAGAGAUAAGAUGCUUUGAGGAUCUGAAAUUGUACUUGACGGACAAUCCUGAUUGUGCACGGUUAAGAUCAUCAAUGGAAGGAUAUCUUGAUGCUUUUGAUCCACAGAAGGCUGUUAUGCCAGCCGGAAUAUUCAGUACUCGAGUUGAGGAUCUUGAAUUUGAAUGUGUACCAGUGACGCUUAUGGAUCGUGUAAUUACUUUCCUAAAUGAUGCUAGGGAGGACCUUAGGUCUUCAAUGGCUAAGGAUGCUGCGACUAUCAAGAAAGAAAGUUUACGUAUGGAUGAGGAUGUUAUGUGCAAUGAGAUAUCAGAGAUUCUAUCUGAUAAACAGCCAGCCUCUUUGUCAAAUGAUAUAUCAUUUGAUUUUCAGCGGAAGGUUACUUUUUCCAAGCUUGAGAUGCAAGGUCUGACUUCUAACUUUUCGUCGGACGACAAAGGAUCAUGGAAGUCACUGCUCGACAUGGAAAAGGAAGAUCAGAUUCUUGAUCAAGUGCUACAUUUAAGAACUGUGGCUUUUGAGAAACUCAAGAAAAGUCGACAAGAUAUUAUACUUGUAGCAUCACUUAUUGAUCGAAUACCUAAUCUUGCUGGCUUGACACGGACAUGUGAGGUAUUUAGAGCGGGUGGACUAGCCAUUGCAAACAAAGAUGUACUAAAGGACAAGCAGUUCCAACUCAUCAGUGUAACCGCAGAGAGGUGGGUCCCCAUAUUAGAAGUACCAGUAAGUAGUAUGAAAGCUUUCUUAGAGAAGAAGAAGCAAGAGGGUUUCUCUAUCUUGGGUCUGGAGCAGACUGCGAACAGCAUGUCUCUUGACCAGUAUGUCUUUCCUAAAAAGACGGUCCUGGUCCUUGGCCGGGAAAAAGAGGGUAUACCGGUGGAUAUUAUCCAUAUACUGGACGCUUGUAUUGAGAUACCACAGCUGGGAGUUGUUCGGUCACUCAAUGUUCAUGUUAGUGGUGCCAUUGCACUUUGGGAAUAUAGUCGGCAGCAAAGAUGCCAAUAGCCCCCUUUGGGUAGUUCAUUUUUGAUAGCACAUUUUUGUGUGAACAAAGAAGAGGACAUGUUUAAUUUCCUAUUACACAUAGGACUGGCUUUUCUUAUUUUUCUUAUCAAAAGUAUACAUACACAUACAAUGCUUUGUAUGAGAGGGUAGGGCAGGGGGGUGGUUGGGUGCUCAUCAUGUAAGUUUAGUCAUGAAAUUGAUUAGGUAAUGUUCUAUUUUUUUGAUUGCUCAAGAUAUCAGUGUGAUGAAUUCUUUGUGGUUUUAUUUCAUAGUAUUGGUUUAUUUUGGAUAGUUCCAAUAUUUA